AUGAAAGCUGAAUGUGAAUUACUACUUCAAUGUAGAUGGCGUAAUUGUUGUCAAUCUUUCCCCAACUAUAUUCGAUUACAUGUACAUUUCCUUGAAUGCCACUUAAAUAAUGUACCCGAGCUUGUCUGUCUAUGGGAUUCUUGCCAGAAAAAUAAUAUAUUCCAGGAAAACAAUCAGUUAUUGCGUCAUACACUUCUGCACAUAUUUUUUGAAGAUUGCAUAGUAAAUACUAGUAAGCUUCUUAAAGCUCAUCAUAAGGCCUGGAAUUUUGUAUGUUGUGGAAUAAGUUGUCAGAAACCUGCAUAUCUUCAGCGAUCAACGGAAACAUUCUUGUGGAAUACCAUAAUUUUGAAUAGAGGUUUCGAAUGUCAAUGGAAAGACUGUGAUUACACUACGAACUCAGCAUAUCUAUUCAUCGAGCAUGUUAAGGAGCAUGAUUUUCCGUGUGGUAAUAAUAACAAUAAUGAUGAUUGUGACAAUGAAGAUGAUAAUAGUAAUACUAAACUAACUUGUUUAUGGCAAUCAUUGAGUGUGGAUUCAUUGACCAUCUCAGAUCAGUCUAUAUGUGGUUCUAUAAGCGGAUGUCGUUCACAUUUUCAUCGUCAUGUACGUCGUCAUACUGGAUUACCACGUUACAUCUGUUCUAAAUGUUAUGUGUGUUUUACAGAAUUUAUCAAUUUUAAGGAGCAUUUUACAUGGAGUUUAGUCAAAGAUUGUCAGAAUGUGGUCAAAUUUAAUGGAAGAGAUGACGACAGUACCGAUUGCCCAAUAUUAUUGAAGUUAAUCGACGAAUCUUCACCUUUCCCAAAACAUCUUGAAGGUACAACUCUAUUUCAAUGCCCAACAUGUAUAAAAGUUUUUAUUACUAAAGAAGGUUGGACUUCUCAUAUACGUGAAUGCUCAAAAUCAUUAAACAAAGAGACGACUGUUAACACUAAGAAAUUGGAUUGUAUUCCACUUUCCCGUAAACAUGUUUCUAAACCAUAUUUUAAAAUAGCUUCUUCGAUUAAUAAAUUAUCAGAAGAAAACUAUGAAUUUUAUUGUCAAAUUCAAGGUUGUUCCUAUCAAUCUACAAAAUUAUCCGCUUAUCGUGCUCAUUAUAGACGUUAUCAUCUAAGUAGUAACCCUGAUGGUUUAUGGUAUUCUUGUCAUCUUUGUCCAUCGUAUCAAGCACGUAAACCAUUUACAAUUACACAUCAUUUAAAAUCUGUGCAUUCAUUGAAACCGCCUGAUGGACGUUCACGUUUCACAUACUCUUUUGACGAGUGUAGUCAAACUUAUCACAAUACGAAAAUUGGCACCGAAAAUCGUUGUGAAACAGCUCUCUAUAGUAAUAAUAAUAUAGGUACCACUGGUCCUCUAGCACCGGACCUCGAUGAAAUCAUUGGCGAUUCAGAUGAGGAAAAUCACUCUGAUGAAGAGUUGCUUACAUCUGCUGAAUUAUUAAAACGUUUUUAUAAGAUAUGGCAAAAUGAAAAACUUGCUCCUGUACUAUUAACUGCACAUUCUGACCUGUUAGGUCUUAUUCAAGCUGAAGUGAAUCAAUUGGAAGCUGAAGCUAAAGUCUUACCAGCUGGUGAUUUGAAAGCUCAAAUUAAACGAAUUCAAGUUGAAAGAAUCCGAUUUAUCAUGGUUGAUUACAUGCGUAUUCGAAUGAAAAAGAUUGAACGAUUUGCUGAGCAUAUUUUAGCUGAAGAACGUUCACGUAAUUCAAAUGAAUUACCACAUUUGACAGUGGAAGAAUAUCUUUUUGCAAAAUCAUAUUCAAAUAGUAUUCGAGAAUAUUUGAAAACUACAAUUAUUAAUCGUUUACCAGCUAAUAUGCAGUCUAUCAAAGAGGAAGAGUUAACUUUUCAUCCAAACCCAAACAGUUAUGUCUUUUGUCAGUCUCUGAAAAAAAUUGAUUAUAUAGAAGUAUUCGAUCAUAGUUCGGAUGGAACUCAAACUGCGGUAUCACUUACCUUGGAACCUGGCGCUCAACAUCUCCUACCCUACAGUUGCAUUCGGCCGUAUGUAGAAGGUGGCGAUGUUAUUUUGAUCUAA